AUUUGUUUAUUAUUUAACACAUUUUUUCUGUAUAAAAGUUGCAAUUUUUGCAAUGUAUUUAAACUACCUGCCGCGUGCGCCAUGCAAGUGUCUACAAUAUUUGCUGCAAAUGCGGCAACUGCAACUGUUGUGCCGGCAUGUAAACAAUGGCGCCAAGCCGCCCAUUCGAGACGCCUCCUGGCUGUGCGAGCCGAGGUUGGCAACUGGGCAGCUGCUGCUGCCGCUUCCAAUUUCUCACAAUUACAGCAGGCGACGUGCGUCUAGCACCGAUAUCCAAGGCACAGUGGAACAGCAACAGGUGCUCAGCAGCUUGGAGGAGCUGGAGGAUGGUUGCGAAUCAAUUAGCCUGCAGAAGGAUGCACUCAGUUUGCGCUUGAUCGCAGCACGUAGUCCACAGGAGCUCUUGGAUUUGUGUGCGCCGGGCCAGCUGCCGUCUACGCAUCAGGUGCAGUGCAUAUCGCUGCUCUGGCCACAUUUUCAGCGUCUGGCGGCCAGCGAGAAGGAAGCGCUGACAGCCCAACUGCAGCAACGUGUGCCGAAGACCCUGACGCCCCAGCUAGUAGCCGCCUUGGAUGUGAACGACCUGAGCUGCUGCUAUUUGUAUCUGCGCAAAAUGCACGUGCCCAAUAGCGAUGACACGCUGGAACGGAUUCUGCUGCGUGCCCUAAAUAUCAUUGAGCUAGCAACUGAGGGUCAGCAGCUGAGGCUGGUGCCGCUGCCCGCACUUUCUCGCCUACUGGUGGCCAUCAAUUUGGAACGUGACUUCUUUACGCCGCUGGUCUGUCGCAACUUUAUGCCGCAUCUGGAGCGGCAUGUGGCCAAUUGCCACAGCGAGCAGGAUGUGCGUCUGUUAUCCACCUGCCUCUUCCAGCUGCAUCCGCUAAUUGAUGCCGAACUGCUGGCGGCAUUUAAGCAACGCGUCCAGGAGCUGCUGCAAUGUGGCACGUUAGGCAGUGACACGCCCAAGGCGUUGCUCAAGCUGCUGCACAUGCUCAAUAUGCCCAGGUGGUCGCAUCUAAAUACGGCUCUGAUACGCCAGCUAUUGUUGGGGUUGCGCAGCUGCCUGCCAACGCUGGAGCCCAGCGAUCUGAAGAGCGUUUGUCGCACCUUUCUGCAUCAUCAGGAGCCGGUGGCACUGAUGCAGCCACUGAAAAUGGCCACAGAGCGACUGCUGCAGCAGGAGCCCACGCCAGAUGCCCUGUCCUGUGCGGUGCCAUUUGCCUCGCUGCAGCAACGCGAUGCCUACAUACAGCAGUUCCGUCAGCUGUUGCACUCCAAAGCCGCCUGGCAGCUGCCCAAUGCAAGCGGGCAUUUCUUCAGUGUGCUGCGCGCCCUGAAGAUAGCCGAUGUGCGGAUCUGUGAUGCGUACUGGUCAGCGGUGGUUGGUGUGCUGUCAAAUGAUCCCCAGGAGCAGCGGCAUUUGCGUUUUUUGCGCCAUUGUCAGCGCUACAUGAACUUCAACAAUAAUCUUGGCGGCACGUAUCGCCAUCAGGGCGUGGAGCGCACGCUCAGUCGCAUGUGCCUUGAUGCCAUUGAACGGGAUGUGGCGGGCAGAUUGCCAGCGCAAUUCGCACGUCUGGCUUCCUUUGUCUUGGCCUAUGGCCAGACACCGUUUGGCUGGAAGAAGUUCCCAAAUCUGCUGCUGAGCAAAAUGCUCGCCAUGGCGCCACAAUUUGAUAUACAGGAUUGUUUUCUACUCGGUCGCGGCAUGCAGAUCGCCUGCGAGCUGCGUUUCCGCCAGCAUGUACCACAUCUGCUGGCCAUGCAGCUGUCCACCAUGGAUAGCAUUCUGAUUGCCUGUGCCGAACGGCAUUUAGGCAACAGCGAACAGCAGCCGCUAAAUGCCAGCGAUCUGAGCGUUUUGGUGCGCACACUAAGUCAUCGGAAAACGCUAAAAAACACCCAGGUGUAUAACCAGGCGCUGUUGCAUUAUAAAACCCUUCAGUGCAACGAUCUCAAUUCGCGUGUGUUGCGAGAAAUGGCAUAUAAUUUUAAUGCUUCGCACUUUUUUGUGGCCGGCCUGUUGGAAUCCAUGUUUGACUAUAUCGCCCAGCAGCAUGAGCACAUCACAGGCGACACCGUCGAGAAGGUGCUCACCUGUGCCUACAAUCUGGGCUACACACCUGCCUCACUGGAGGCAUUGGACUAUGCUGCUUUGGUGCUACUACGAGAUUUUGAUCACAUGAGCGGUUUGUCCUUGGUGCAGUCGUGCCUGGCGCUGUGCUUCUAUAAGACCAUUCCGGAGCAGCUGGUCAAUCGAGUGUUCUGCGUCAAGUUCAUACAGCGCAUCGAGGAUGAGAUACAAAUCUGUUACUCAAAGGCGACCUAUCCGGGGCUGGUGCUCAAUCGCGUGAUGCAACUGAAUCGCACCGUUUGCCUGGAUCUGCCCGAGACAAAUGUGCCCUGGUUUCAGCAAAACUACGUCGAGGCGCAGCUCAGCAAGAAACCGCUUGUGCCCAGCGCUUUUAGUGCGGAUGUCAAACAUCUGCUGCAGGAUUUGCUCAAGGAUGAGAACUAUUUUCGCUGCAAUCACACAACGCCCUAUGGCUAUCAAAUUGAUUUCGUGAUACAUUUCGACAAGGAUAAGAAGCUUAUACCAGCGCCGCCAAUGGAGGCCACCAUGUUGGACCGCAUAACCAAGGUGGCGAUUCUGCUGCUCAAGCUGGACUCAUUCUGUGAGAACGAUCUGACUGCGUUGCGUGGUCCCGAAUCGCUGAAGAUCAAGCAUCUGGAAAUGAUGGGCUAUAAGGUGUUGCAUAUUAACGAACAUGACUGGAACUCCAAGUACAUGAUGGCGCCGGGCGCCAAGGCCAACUAUUUGAAAUGCCUGCUGCAAAUUUCACGUUAGAUUAAUAAUUGUUAAAAAC